UGAUGAUGAGAUAUAAAAUGAGACGAGACGAGACGAAAAAAAAAAACUUUGACGACACUUUGACGAGUACCAAUUACACGGCAUUCGGAACGACAGCACGACAGUCAUGAAGCACCCGAUUAAGAUUGCGUUCCUUGGGUUUUCCUAUUUUCACCGGUCUAUAUGGGUUUUUCCGGCUUCCCAUCCUUUCGGCUUUUCACUUUUGAUACACUUUCUCCGCUCUCGCGACACACUCAGACCUUUGCUGCUCACGCACCCAAAGCUGUUUUGACUUCUCGCGAUCCCGCACUGGUCCCGGGACGCUCAAACUCUUUUCUUAUUUUGUGCGAGCAUUGCUUUUUUUUCUUGCUUUUUUGGCUUCUGGCUUUGAUGUUUUGGCGAUUUUUCACCCUUAUCUCACGAUUAAUGUGUUGUUUUGGAUAUUGGCGCAAGCGAUCUUCUGGUGUCUACUGCGUAACCCUUGCCGAAAGGCUGGCUUGGCGGGACAUGGCGGGACAUGGCGGAAAAGGGGCGAUCCCCGGGCUUGAUUUCUUUUGGACACACUUGAAUUGGAGGGGGGCGAUGGAAUACUCGCUUUCUAAUGUUCUUACACUUGUACAAAGAGCUUUUUUUACGUGGGGCGAGACUUUUGGCGGAUUUGGGCCCGGUCUCUCGGACAUACAUCUCUUUUCUUCUCACGAAAAAUUUCAGGGGGUUCUCAUGGCGGUUUUGGGAUAUCACAGCAACACAUAUACGGGUCAUCGACUUGUCGGGAAACCAGACGAGGAUGGUUUACCGGUUGCGACUUGCAUGUCUUACGACACAAUCUCUUUUCCUAUGUAUUAUUCUACGAUCUACGACACUCUUUAUGAACGAAACUUUGGUCUUCUGUCCAUCAUGAACUCUGGCAGAGCCUUGGAUGAAUGAAGAGGGAUGAAGGGACAUGAAGAAGAUUCUCGGAUUGAAUGCGGAUUGCUCAUGAAACUGCGACCGUCAUGUCGACGAGGGCCACUUACGGCGGCGGCACAAAAACCGCUUCACGGGUUACAACAUGCAAACUUGAAGACACAACAUACAUUGACGCGGAGGCUCACUAGCUGUGGGUUUUCAAAGAGGCCUUUCGGCCACUGCCAGAGGGAGGAGGGAAAACAACAAAAGAUCCAUACCCGACAUUCAUUGGAACGAACAAACACCUGUUUCCUACACUCAAUCCUGUAGCUAGUUAGCGAAGUUCACAUAGCGAAACAUUCAAUGCGUCUGAAGCCCAAA